CUUACGCCGACGGGACAGUGCCCAAACGACUAGGCUCGCGAGCACUCCGUGAGCUCAAUGGACGUGUGGUACCAACGACUAGCCGUUAAUAAUAGUAAUAAUAGAAAGAUAUAGGUUGCGGGAAUAUGGCCCUGUUGGACAGGAUACGAAAGGAAUGGUUUAUAAUCGGUAUCGUGCUCGUGAUUUCGUUUGCCAAGCUGGAGCCCUCGGUUGGGGUGAGAGGAGGUCCCUUGAAGCCCGAGAUUACGGUCACAUAUUUUGCCGUGUCUGCCAUAUUCUUUAACAGUGGAUUAUCGUUAAAAACAGAGGAGCUGACAAGCGCUUUGAUGCAUGUGAAGCUCCACCUUUUCGUCCAGACCUUCACGCUGGCCUUCUUCCCUGUCGCAAUAUGGCUCUUCCUGAAGCUGCUGGCGUUAACAGCCAUCAAUGAAUGGCUGCUGAAAGGGUUGCAGACGGUCGGCUGCAUGCCUCCCCCGGUCUCCUCGGCUGUCAUAUUGACGAAAGCGGUUGGAGGGAAUGAGGCUGCUGCCAUAUUUAACUCCGCCUUCGGCAGCUUUUUGGGCAUAGUGGUCACUCCUGUGUUGCUCCUCAUAUUUCUGGGCUCCUCUUCUUCGGUGCCAUUCUCCUCCAUCUUCUCCCAGCUCUUCAUGACCGUGGUGGUUCCACUGAUCGUAGGUCAGGUGAGUUUCCUCAUCAUCUACACCACCUUCUGCGACACCUUCUCCAACCCCAACAUCCACCUGGACCGGCUCAGCCUGCUGCUGGUGGUUUUCAUCAUCUUCUCCAUCCAGCUGGGCUUCAUGCUGCUGGCCUUCAUCUUCAGCAGCAGGAAGAAGUCGGCAUUCACGCCUGCAGACACUGUGGCUAUCAUAUUCUGCGCUACGCACAAAUCUCUCACCUUGGGUAUCCCCAUGCUGAACAUUGUCUUCGAGGGCUUCGAGCACCUCUCCCUGAUCUCCGUGCCCCUGCUGAUCUACCACCCCGCUCAGAUCCUCCUGGGAAGCAUCCUGGUGCCGACCAUCAAGUCCUGGAUGGUGACCAGGCAGAGGGCAGCACAACUGACCAAGCUUCAGCCGGUGUGAGAGAACCUGCACAUGUGAUGAGAACAGAUCAGGACUAUUCCCAGGUGCUAUACCCAAGCCAGGACCCCAACCUGCCCUGCCUGCCCCACAAGCAGAAUGGUACAUUUGCUCAAGUGCCUUUUCUGGACCCCCCCGGGGGCCGCCACCCUCCACCUGACGUGUCUGACGGAGGACCCUCCAAUUUUCUCCAUCAUGAGAUAUCCGCCUUGUGAUGAACAUGCUCAUACUAUAGACCCUGAGUGGACUUCCCAGCUGGUCCCGUGCGAAGAGCACGGCCCUGCAGGACUGACCUGGACAGCCAGAGCUGUGUUUUUAUAUCGCCCUCUCUUUUCAUAGAUGUAUUUUUUCAAAGAAUGAAUGUCUGACAAUCUGCAAAUGUGUCCAGUGCUCCCUUUGACUCUGCUCUUUGUUCAGUGGGUCUUGCAGAAGCCUGCAGAUCGGAGUCCACGUUCACUUUGUUACAUUUAAACACCACAACUGCCUGCUCACUCGUCUAUUACCUUAAACUCUCCCGCCAUCAAUAAACCAUCGUGCCCUGCUAUUUAAAUAAGCAGAGAGCCUCUGCCUUUGAAAUUCCUUGAUUCAGUGGAGGAAAAGUCCAUUGCUGGGGCGAUCUUCACCCGGUAAGCACUAAUUAGUGCAGGAAUGAUGUCGUUUAGGAUUCAGUGCGUCGAUACCCUGUGUUUUUGCCCAGAGGCUUGCGGGUGACCUCAUUCCAUUAAAUCAGCAUGCUGCUGCUGGAUGUUUGUAAAAUAAUGGAGUCCAGAGGUACGGCAUUUUAUGGCACUGAGAAGAUGUUAGUCUGGGUCUGUUGCUGAUACUGUGCCUACUGUGUUACUGUAAGAAAUGACUGGGGGCUUAGGGGAAACCCCUGAUUUUUAAGGACCAACUCAACUACCAUUAAUGUUUAACAUUCCCCAUUGACGUAUAUUAAGUUCGGUGCAUGUUUUUGCUUAGAUCCUUCAGCGUUCAGUCCAGCGUGAGUUGCCUUCGACCAGUUCCUGGUCUCUGAGCGACUUAACCAGUCCACAGAUCAGCCACGAUCAGAAAGUAAGUUAAGGUCACGAGGUUCUGUUGUGGAGCAUCAGGUACUGGUUAAAGCAGUGUAGUAUUCAUUGUGGACCAGAUGGUUUGCACCAGCAACUCCAGGCUCUCUUGCUGUAUUUAUGAUUUCCUGAGGUCUACAGAACAGGCCAUUGCCCACGUCCCUGUCUUUUUUUUCUGUGAAAUUCAUUAAUAUUAUGCCCUCUGAUUCUGUGAUUAAAUCAAUAAUGUCUUGUAGUUAUAUCAGAAUUAUUUACAGCCACAGCCACAAACUCCAAGUAUACAGCAAAAGUCAUUUUUAAUGUAUUUCUCUGAAUGGAGAUCUAUGUUACUGAGUAGGCAGAAGUGUUUAUUUUUGGUGUUUGUUUUAGUGGUUUGCGCUGAGUUGCCAUGUUCUGCUUUAGACAGAAGCUUUCCUGUCACACUGCCUUGUUUUUUUUACACUAAAUACCAAAAAACUAUUGAUGGUGGAGAAUAUGAAAGUUUGAGGUUUUUGUAAUGGAAGGGUAACUAUUGGUGACACUGGUCUCUGAGUUUCUGAAUCUUCAAAUGACCAAAUGGGACAAUAGUGAGAGAUUUUGUCCCCGGUUAUACCUGCUUUUUUUCCUUGCUUCAAAGUUUGAUAAUAUAAAAGCCCUUACAAUCCAAGGCUUUGCAUACAUUUCGCUUAACUGUCGGUAUGUUUGCGAUGCCUGAGCCUCGUCCUUCUGCCCUUGAUACUUUAGAGGGCCUCAUCUUUUUCUCCUGCUUCUAUCCAGCUUUGUAGACGGACCCUGCUCUCCAGUUCACUUCACACUUUACCCAUAAUGUCACUAUGUUUGACUUUGAUGUUCUGUGCAAACCUGACCCCUAAUGGAUGAAUGGUGAAUUUCGUUUUCAGGCCGUUUACAAUGCAGUAGUUUUGUUUUAUUUUUUUAUUUCUUGUAAUUUUCUAAAACAGACAAUUUUUGAAAAUACAAUUUUAAAAAGCAAUA